AUGGAUGCCCGUCAGGUGUUAGAGAGCACCCUGUCGCCUGACACGGCGACUCGCUCCAACGCUGAGCAACAGCUCGCCCACGCCGCGGAGGUCGACUUCGCUGCCUACCUUAUUACUCUGGGCCAGGAACUGGCCAACGACAACACCCCCUCCCACAUCCGUGUUUCUGCAGGUAUCGCCCUGAAGAACGCUUUCACCUUCAGAGACCAAGCCAAGCUGCAAGAGGUGCAACAGCGAUGGGUUCAACAUAUCCCCACAGAGACCAAGACACAGGUCAAGGAGCUCGCGAUCAAGACCUUGCAAUCUGACACCCGAGUCGGACAUGCUGCCGCCCAGCUGGUCGUUUCUAUCGCUGCCAUCGAGUUGCCCCGCAAUGAGUGGCCUGAACUUAUGAACAUUCUCGUCCAGAACGUCGCCAGUGGAUCCGAUAACUUGAAGCAGUCCUCCUUGGCCACUAUCGGUUUCAUUUGCGAGUCUCAGGAUCCUGAGCUCCGCCAGAGCUUGAUCCAACACUCUAAUGCCAUUUUGACCGCCGUUGUUCAGGGUGCCCGGCGCGAGGAGCCGAACAUGGAUGUUCGUUACGCUGCUAUUGCUGCCCUCAGUGACGCCGUUGAUUUCGUGCGCUCAAACAUGGACAACGAAGGAGAGCGAAACUAUAUCAUGCAGGUUGUCUGCGAGGCCACUCAGGCCGAGGAGGUCCGUGUCCAGGCUGCUGCAUUCGGCUGCUUGAACCGCAUUAUGGGUGCAUACUACGAUAAGAUGCGCUUCUACAUGGAGAAGGCUCUAUUUGGCCUCAGCAUCAUGGGUAUCAAGAGCGAGGAGGAGGAGGUCUCCAAGCUUGCCAUUGAGUUCUGGUGCACUGUGUGCGAGGAGGAGCUGUCCAUUGAGGACGAUAAUGCUGAGGCUCAGCAAGAAGGUACUGAGGCCCGUCCAUUUUUCGGAUUCGCCCGCGUGGCUACUCGCGAGGUUGUUCCCGUUCUGCUGCAGGCCAUGUGCCGCCAGGACGAAGAUGCUACUGAUGACGAGUACAACGUUUCCCGUGCUGCUUACCAGGCUCUGCAGCUGUACGCUCAGUGCAUUCAGGGCGAUGUGAUUCAGCCCGUGGUGGCUUUUGUUGAGGAGAACAUCCGCAACGAGGACUGGCACCGUCGUGAUGCCGCUGUUGCCGCCUUCGGUGGUAUUAUGGAUGGCCCUGAGCCUAGUGUGUUGGAGCCUCUGAUUAAACAGGCUCUGCCUGUUCUUCUGGGCAUGAUGGAGGACAACUCCGUCUCGGUUCGCGAUUCGACUGCCUAUGCCCUGGGCCGCGUCUGCGAGUGCUGCCCCGAGGUUCUGGAUCCGGAUGUCCACCUCCAGCCCCUUAUCUCUUGCCUCUUCAAUGGCCUUGCUAGUAGCCCCAAGAUUGCCAGCUCCUGCUGCUGGGCUCUUAUGAACGUUGCUGACCGCUUUGCCGGCGAUGGUAGCACUCAAACCAACCCCCUUUCUAAGCACUUCGAAGACAGCAUCAAGUCACUGUUGACCGUGACUGAGCGUCAGGAUGCUGAUAACCAGCUUCGUACCGCUGGUUACGAGGUUUUGAACUCAUUCGUUAUGAACUCUGCCCACGACAGCCUUCCUAUGGUUGCCACUCUUUCCGACGUUAUCCUCCAGCGUCUUGAACAGACUGUUCCCAUGCAGCAACAGGUCGUCAGUCCUGAGGACCGUAUGCUUCUGGAAGAGAUGCAGACCAGCUUGAUCAGUGUUAUCUUGGCCAUCGUUCAACGAUUCGAGGUUGAUAUCAAGCCCCAAGCUGACCGUAUUAUGCACGCCCUGCUUCAGGUUCUGGCUACCGUUGGUCCCAAGUCGAGUGUGCCCGAUGUUAUCUUCGCCACUGUUGGUGCUAUGGCAAGCGCUUUGGAGGACGACUUCAUCAAGUACAUGGAAUUGUUUACUCCCUUCCUGUACAAUGCUUUGGGCAACCAGGAAGAGCCUGGAUUGUGCGCCAUGGCCAUUGGUCUCGUCAGUGAUAUUGCUCGUGCUCUAAACGAGAAGGUUCAGCCUUACUGCGACACCUUCAUGAACCUCCUGCUUGGAAUACUGCGCACUUCCACUAACCAGCUCAAGCCAGCUAUUUUGGAGACUUUCGGUGACAUUGCUCAGGCCAUUGGUACCUCCUUUGACACCUACCUCAGCGUUGUUGCUGGUGUUCUCCAGCAGGCCUCUUCGGUCACUACUAGCUCUGACCUUCCAUACGAUAUGGUGGAGUACAUUGUAUCACUGCGUGAGGGUAUUAUGGAUGCCUGGGGAGGUAUUCUUCUCUCCUACAAGGGUAGCCCCCAGAUCACCCAGCUUCAGCCGUUUGUUGAGUCUAUCUUCGGUUUGCUCCACAUUAUCUCCCAGGAGGGUGACCGUAGCGAGGGCUUGAUGCGCUCAUCUAUGGGCGUUCUUGGUGAUCUUGCUGACGCCUUCCCCAACGGCGAACUCUCUUCAUACUACCGCAACGAGUGGGUCACUACCCUCGUUCGUGAAACCCGCGCUACCCGUCAAUACAGCCCGCGUACCAUUGAGACUGCUCGCUGGACCCGUGAGCAGGUCAAGCGCCAGAUUAACAUGAGCACUGGUUUGUCCUAA